AUGAUUCUCAACACUGAUAACGUGCGUUUGACCACCGGCGUUGACGAGAUUCAAGUAGCGUCUUAUAAAAUGUUGGGCUCACUAUACACGUUGGGAACGGAUGUAACACUUACACACGACAGAAAAUACCUUAAGACGGAAAUCGAGAGACAUAAACCCGCAUUGGGCUCAUGCCUCGGCGCAUUUAGUUCAACAUUCCCUGUGGCCUUCCUGGAGCCGCAUCUCAACAAGCACAACCAAUUCUCAUUACUCAACCGUAUUGCUGAUCAUUCAUUGGAAGCUCAAGACAUAAUGGCGAAAAUGGAACAAUCAAUGCCAACUCUAGAAACAAUUCUGAACGAAGUCGAUCACUUCGUGGAAUCAGACAAGACGUAUAAUGAAGCACCUCAUAUCAUCGAUGUGGUACUACCUUUGCUGUGCUCGUAUUUGCCUUUCUGGUGGGCACAGGGACCAGAUAAUGUAACACCGACGGGCGGCAACCACGUCACCAUGGUAACCGCGGAGCACAUGAACCAGCUCCUGAAGAACGUCCUUAAGCUGAUUAAGAAGAAUAUUGGCAAUGAAAGCGCACCCUGGAUGACCCGUAUUGCAACGUAUACGCAACAGAUAAUAAUAAACUCAUCUGAGGAAUUGUUGAGAGAGUCGUUCCUUCCAUUGGCAGAACGUGUGCGGAAGAGGACGGAUAAUAUGUUCCAUAAAGAGGAGAGCUUGCGAGGUUUUAUUAAAUCAUCAACAGACGACACAUCCCAAGUAGAGUCGCAGAUACAAGAAGACUGGCAGCUAUUAGUAAGGGACAUCUACUCCUUCUAUCCCCUUCUCAUCAAAUACGUGGAUUUGCAGAGGAAUCACUGGCUCAGGAAUAAUGUACCAGAGGCAGAAGAACUCUACAACCAUGUUGCAGAAAUAUUCAACAUUUGGUCCAAGAGCCAGUACUUCCUCAAGGAGGAGCAAAACUUCAUAUCAGCUAACGAAAUAGACAACAUGGUGUUGAUAAUGCCUACUGCGACUAGAAGAGUGACCACCGUUGUGGAUGGAACUCAACAAGGUGGUGGAAAGAAGAAGAAAAAGCAUCGCGAUAAGAAGAGAGACAAAGACAAGGAAGUUCAAGCCUCUUUAAUGGUGGCCUGUCUGAAGAGACUUCUACCGGUUGGUCUGAACCUCUUUGCGGGUAGAGAACAAGAGUUGGUGCAGCAUUGCAAGGACAGGUUUUUGAAGAAAAUGUCAGAACAAGAUGUGGCAGAAUUCGCGAAGACGCAGCUAACAUUGCCGGACAAAAUUGACCCGGCGGAUGAAAUGUCCUGGCAACAUUAUUUGUACAGCAAGCUCGGGUCCAAGAGUAAGACAGCGAUCACCGUAGAAACUUCAGAAAAUAAAGCCAAGAUAAUAGAUGACACUGUGGAGAGGAUUGUGGCUAUGAGCAAAGUGUUGUUUGGCUUGCAUAUGAUCGACCAUCCGCAACAAAUGAGUAAGAACGUUUAUCGUUCUGUUGUGUCUAUACAACGUAAACGCGCAGUCAUCGCCUGUUUCCGGCAAACUUCACUCCAUUCCUUGCCAAGGCACAGGGCAUGUAAUAUCUUCGCUAGAACUUAUUAUGAACUUUGGUUAGAAGAAGAAAAUAUCGGACAAGAAGUCAUGAUCGAAGAUUUAACGCAAACGUUUGAAGAUGCUGAAUUAAAGAAGAGUGAUGUUGUGGAAGAAGAAGGAAAACCGGAUCCCCUUACUCAACUCGUUACAACUUUCUGUCGCGGGGCUAUGACUGAGCGCUCCGGGGCUUUACAGGAGGAUCCCCUAUAUAUGUCUUACGCGCACAUUAUCGCAAAGUCCUGUGGAGAGGAAGAAGAAGAAGGGGGAGAAGAGGAAGAGGGUGGAGGGGAACCCGAAGGAGAAGACGAGGGAAAGUCCAGUAUUCAUGAACAAGAAAUGGAAAAACAGAAGUUGUUAUUCCACCAAGCGCGUUUAGCAAACCGAGGAGUAGCCGAAAUGGUCCUACUACACAUCUCCGCUUCAAAAGGCGUUCCCAGUGACAUGGUGAUGAAGACGUUGCAAUUGGGGAUAUCAAUUUUGAGAGGGGGCAACAUUGACAUACAGAUGGGUAUGCUGAAUCACCUCAAAGAUAAGAAGGACGUGGGCUUCUUCACAUCAAUAGCUGGACUCAUGAAUUCCUGUUCUGUGCUUGACUUGGAUGCCUUCGAACGGAACACUAAAGCUGAAGGGCUGGGUGUAGGCUUAGAGGGCGCGGCGGGUGAGAAAAAUAUGCAUGAUGCAGAAUUUACAUGCGCCCUCUUUAGGUUCAUACAACUUACCUGUGAAGGACACAACUUGGAGUGGCAGAACUACCUUCGAACUCAGGCUGGUAACACUACCACUGUAAACGUGGUUAUAUGCACAGUAGAUUAUCUACUAAGGCUGCAGGAGUCUAUCAUGGACUUCUACUGGCAUUACUCUAGCAAGGAACUAAUAGACCCAGCAGGAAAGGCGAAUUUCUUCAAAGCUAUCGGCGUGGCUUCACAAGUCUUUAACACUCUCACUGAAGUCAUUCAAGGACCUUGUACUCAAAAUCAGCAAGCGUUAGCUCAUUCCAGGUUAUGGGACGCAGUAGGUGGUUUUCUUUUCCUUUUCUCUCAUAUGCAAGACAAGUUGUCCAAGCAUUCUUCCCAAGUAGACCUUCUGAAGGAACUGCUAAAUCUUCAAAAAGACAUGAUCACCAUGAUGCUGUCUAUGCUGGAGGGGAACGUUGUAAAUGGAACAAUUGGUAAACAGAUGGUCGACACUUUAGUAGAGUCCGCAUCUAACGUAGAACUGAUUCUGAAAUACUUUGAUAUGUUCCUGAAGCUGAAAGAUCUGACUUCAAGCGCUAGUUUCAAAGAGAUUGACGCUAAUAAUGAUGGUUGGGUUCUGCCAAAAGACUUUAAGGAGAAGAUGGAACAGCAGAAGAGUUAUAGUCCGGAAGAGAUAGAGUUCCUUCUGGCUUGUUGCGAGACAAACCACGACGGUAAACUCGACUAUAUCGGCUUCUGCGAUCGAUUCCACGAGCCUGCCAAAGAAAUUGGAUUCAACUUGGCCGUACUUCUUACUAACCUGUCAGAACACAUGCCGAAUGAACCCAGGCUUGCUCGUUUCCUGGAAACCGCCGGAUCAGUUUUGAAUUACUUCGAGCCUUUCCUUGGAAGAAUUGAGAUAAUGGGUGGUUCUAAACGCAUAGAGCGGGUUUACUUCGAAAUCAAGGAAUCCAACAUUGAACAGUGGGAGAAACCACAGAUUAAGGAAUCGAAGCGCGCAUUCUUCUACAGCAUAGUAACAGAAGGCGGUGACAAGGAGAAGUUGGAGGCGUUCGUCAAUUUCUGUGAAGAUGCCAUCUUUGAGAUGACCCAUGCUUCGGGAUUGAUGGCUGCUUCAGAGGAAUCCGCAAGUGGACCAAAGAAUCGAGAGGCUGCGUAUACUUACUUGGGAGAUGAUGAUGAUGAACGAGCCGGCAAAGACCCAUUCCGUCGUGGCUACCAAUCGGUUAAAGAUGCGAUAGCUGCAACAUUUUCGUUCUUAUCGCCCUCCAACAUAAAGGCCAAAAUCGCGGACAUGCAACAAAUGCCACCCGCGGAACUCGUGGUCGGCUUCCUGAAACUCUUCUUCUAUCUGUUCUACUAUAUUGGAUAUGGAUUCGUUGUUGUUAUAAGGUAUAUAUUCGGCGUAUUACUCGGCUUGAUGCGUGGACCUCAUGUAGAGGAACCUCCCCCUCCGGAGCCUACUGAGGAGGAGAAAAUCGGUCCGUCUCGCCACCUACCCGCAUUACCUGCGGCAGAUGAUACAGGACAAAUGCAAGUUUCUGCUUUCGGUCUAGAUAUUACUAAAGAGGAUAAUGGCCAGAUACAAGUUAAGCCCCACGAGUCACCGACCACUUCGACGCCAUCUUCCGGUGAAGAGGCAGAGGUGUCCCUAGACGAGAGUAUUGAACAUACUGAGGAACAACAACCGCCUUCACUCAUCGAUUUGCUCGGUGGGGAACAAGCAAAGAAACAGGCCCAAGAACGUGUUGAGGCUCAGGCAGCGCAACAAGCUGCUAUGUCCGCCAUUGAAGCUGAAAGCAAAAAGGCAGUACAAGUUCCCGCUCCGUCGGCCCUGUCCCAAGUAGACCUCUCCCAGUACACGAAACGGGCAGUAUCCUUCCUCGCGAGAAACUUCUACAACCUGAAGUACGUCGCUCUGGUGCUCGCGUUCUGUAUCAACUUUGUAUUGCUCUUCUAUAAGGUUUCGAUCCCGGAUAGUGAUAAAGAAGGUUCUGGUAUCGGAGACAUCAUCAGUGGAUCUGGAUCAGGCCAAGGUUCGGGAAGUGGAGAGGGCAGCGGUGAAAGUGAAGACGAUGAUAGUCUAGAAGUGGUGCGAAUAGACGAAGACUUCUUCUAUAUGGAACACGUUAUCAAGAUGGCCGCUGCUCUUCACUCUAUCGUAUCGCUUGCUAUUCUCAUUGGAUAUUAUCAUCUGAAGGUGCCUCUAGCCAUAUUCAAACGUGAAAAGGACAUCGCUCGUCGCCUGGAGUUUGACGGUCUCUACAUCGCUGAACAACCGGAAGAUGACGACCUCAAGAGCCAUUGGGACAAACUUGUUAUUUCUGCCAAAUCGUUCCCGGUGAACUAUUGGGAUAAGUUUAUAAAGAAGAAAGUCCGGGCCAAGUAUUCUGAGACCUACGACUUUGACUCCAUAUCCAACAUGUUGGGAAUGGAAAAGACUUCUUUCUCGGCCCAAGAAGAAGAAGGCAAUAAAGGACUAUGGAACUACAUCGUUAACAUCGACUGGCGCUACCAAGUGUGGAAGGCGGGUGUUACUAUCACAGACAACUCGUUCCUGUACUCCCUCUGGUACUUCAGUUUCUCCGUGAUGGGCAAUUUUAACAACUUCUUCUUUGCCGCCCAUUUACUGGAUGUCGCCGUCGGUUUCAAGACGCUAAGAACCAUUCUUCAGUCCGUCACGCAUAAUGGAAAACAGUUGGUGUUAACUGUGAUGCUGUUAACAAUCAUAGUAUACAUCUACACCGUGAUAGCGUUCAACUUCUUCCGCAAAUUUUACGUUCAAGAAGAGGAUGACGAGAUCAACAGGAAUUGCCAUGACAUGCUUUCUUGCUUCGUGUUCAACCUAUACAAAGGCGUACGCGCAGGAGGGGGCAUCGGGGACGAGCUCGAACCUCCUGAUGGAGACGAUUCGGAGGUGUACCGCAUCAUCUUUGACAUAUCUUUCUUCUUCUUCGUCAUCAUUAUCCUGCUGGCUAUCCUUCAGGGUUUGAUCAUCGAUGCGUUCGGAGAGCUCCGUGACCAACUGGAGUCAGUCAAAGAAGACAUGGAGUCCAACUGCUUCAUUUGUGGCAUCAAUAAGGACUACUUUGAUAAGGUGCCGCACGGUUUCGACACACACGUGCAACGAGAGCACAAUCUCGCAAAUUACAUGUUCUUCUUGAUGCAUCUCAUCAACAAACCCGACACUGAAUAUACAGGUCAAGAAACAUUCGUAUGGAACAUGUACACGCAAAGAUGCUGGGACUUCUUCCCAGUGGGAGAUUGCUUCCGGAAACAGUAUGAAGACGUCAUGGGAGAAUAG